CAAGUUUAGAGAACUUUGGGGGGAUUUGAGCUUUUAAGUACUUGAAGAAACGUUGCAGUGAACUUUUUGACAAGUUUUAUUGUCAGAUUCUAACUUUUAAGUGGGACUUUAUUCAAAACGUUUGUCAGGCACAUGGUGAUGUACAGCCGAACUCUUCAUCUCAAGGUCAACAGGUCUUCAACUGCUGUGCUCACAUGCUCCGACUGUGACCAGGCCAUGAAGGAUUGUGAAUUCUCAGAAAAAGAAAAUGAGUUUCGGGGUGAGCUGGUGAACCAGCGGUGGACACGAGGCGAGAGGACCAGCAGCCGCUGUCAGGCCACCCAGAGACUGCAGAGCCGUCGACCAAUCAUGAUGAGUGUGGAGGGUGAUGACAAGCGAACUCGCACUCGGUCCAAGGGAAUCAGAGUUCCUAUUGAGCUCGUAGGACAAGAGCUGAGCUGUCCCACCCCUGGAUGCAAUGGCUCUGGCCAUAUCAGUGGGAGAUACUCACGACACAGAAGCAUUCUGGGUUGCCCCAUAGCCAGAAAGCGCCGUCUAGAGGAAGCAGAGGCCGAACAGGAGCAAGAGCAGGAUACAGAGCGGCCUGCCUCCAAGAGAAAGGCCAACCCCCUGAAACUGGCCCUGGACGAGGGCUUCAGCGCAGAUAGUGACGCCAGCAGCGAGGCUGAGGGCGAGGGAGAGAAGGAUGAGGAGGAAGCAGGAGAGAUCAAGAAGCUGGAGGAGGAGGAGGAGAGGGAGGCAGCUGUAGAGGAGGAGAGAGAGGAGAAUGCAGAAGAUGUGGUGAGAGAUGGACAGACAAAUGGACACGAGGAUGAGACACAGAGGGAGGAGGAAGAGGAGAGGGAAGAAGAAGAAGAAACAUAUCAGAAGGAGGAGAGCACAUCUGCAGCUGAUGAAGAAGAGGAGUGUGUGAUCAUUGAGCCCGAGCUCGGAGCAGUUCCACCUGCAGCCCAGUGUCAGUCUCCCUCUCAGAGCGCCAAAGAGGUGGCCAACUCUCUCCUCCACCUCGGCCGAGUCUCCAACAACAGUGCUCCAACUGUGGCCAGUCAGCAGCCUGUUGCUAUGGAGACUGAGGAGGAUGUCACCGUGGCAGCCAAACUGAGUGAAGAUGUAAAGGACAAGUAUGAGGAGGACAUGGAUGAGAGGCAAAAGGAAGAGGAGAAGGUGACCCACAAAGUUCAAGUUUUGGAAGAGUCAUCUGACCUGCAGAAAGAGGUUGCUGAAGUGGAGGAAGAGGAGUUGGAGGAUGAGCAAGGAGAGCGCCCAGACAGGAGCAACCGUUUGAGCCUGGAGGAACACCACUAUCUGACCGAAGAUCGCCACCAUGAACGACUUAAAGAUGGAGAGGAGGAGGAAGAGGAGGAAGAGAGGGCAGUACCAGCACAGCAGGGCAGUCCAGCAGAAGAAGAGGAGAGUGAGGAGAAAGAUGAGGAAGACCACAGGGAGGUAAACCACAUUCUGCCCAUUUCAGAUGUGCCAACUGCCAUCCGCACCAUCACCAGCACCGCCGCAGCUCAGGGAACACACAUUGAGGCUCAAGACCACAGAGCCAGUCCUCUGAAGGACUACAAAUCACACAGGGCGAGUCCCCUCGGAAACUACAACGCCAACAGAGCCAGUCCGCUUGACAAAUAUGACUCUCAGAAAUGUAGCCCGCUUCAAAACUACAAGGCCAGCCCUCCUUUAAGCUACAGCUCCCACAGGGCCAGUCCACUUGAGGACUACUUUCCCAACAUCAGAGGUGAGAACUAUAAAAUCCACAAAGCCUCGUCCUCAGCCUCCCCCGACAUCAUCGAAGUGCGAUCAGAUAAGUCAGAGGAGAAAGACUUUGAUGACAUGGAUGGGGAUGACGAGCGCGAUGACGAAGACAGCCUGUCGCAACGUUCCACGGUGACGGACGAGUCGGAGAUGUUUGACAUAACCAGAGGGAACUUGGGCCUGCUGGAGCAAGCCAUUGCCUUGAAAGCAGAGCAGGUGAAGCCAGCCGGGCCGAGAGAGCUGCUUUGCGCCCCGGAUAUCCACCACCAGCGAUACUUCACAAUGGAUGACAGGCCCAAGCACCUGGACGUCAUCCGCAAGAGCUACUUCAGCAAAGAAAGCAGUAGGCAAGAGAAGAGGGAGAUCAAGUGUCCCACCCCCGGGUGCGAUGGGACGGGUCACGUGACCGGUCUGUACCCCCACCACCGCAGCCUGUCAGGCUGUCCGCACAAGGACAGGAUCCCUCCGGAGAUUCUAGCCAUGCAUGAGAAUGUGCUGAAGUGUCCGACCCCUGGCUGCACCGGUCAGGGCCAUGUUAACAGCAACCGGAACACGCACCGCAGUCUUUCUGGAUGCCCCAUUGCUGCUGCAGAGAAGCUGUCCAAGGGCCACGAUAAGCCGCAUCUCUCUCAGCCAGGCAGCGAGCACCUCAAAGGAUGUCCCAACGACAGAGUGUUGAGGCCAAUGUGCUUUGUGAAGCAGCUGGAGGUGCCCCAGUAUGGCAGCUACAGGCCCAACAUGGCGCCCACCACGCCUCGCGCCAACCUGGCCAGGGAGCUGGAGAAGUACUCCAAGGUGUCCUUCGAUUACGCAAGCUUCGACGCUCAAGUGUUCGGGAAGCGCAUGCUUGCUCCAAAGAUGCCCACCAGUGAAACCUCACCCAAAGCCUUCAAAACUAAGCCCUCAUUCCCCAAGUCAUCAUCGCCCAGCCUCAGUCUCCACGGUUAUGGGAAGAGCUCCUCCUUGGCCUACGACUACUCCCAUGAUGCCGAGGCCGCUCACAUGGCGGCCACCGCCAUCCUGAACCUGUCCACACGCUGCUGGGAGAAACCUGAAAACCUCAGCACCAAAGCUCAAAACAAAGAAAUGGACAUUGAGGUGGAUGAGAACGGCACCCUGGAUCUGAGUAUGAAGAAGCCCAUUAAACGAGAGGGCAGUCUGUCCGGCGCCAGCCCCGGGGUUCGGUCCCCAGACCCUUCUUCCUCCUCCUCUUCCUCGCUCCAUCAUGGUGGAGGCAGCGGGAUGACAUCACCAAACCUACACACCUAUAAGCAGGAGGAGUGGGAAGGACCUCUGGAUUACACCAAACCCAACCGCCAAAGGGAGGAGGAAAUGGACGAGAUGGAGCACACGGGCCAGUCAUUCGUCUCGUCCGACCCGGAGGACUGUGACAUGAUGCAGGACUGUCUGGAGGAGAGGAAGUACCCGGGAGAGGUUACAACCCCAAACUUCAAGGUCAAGUUCCAGCCCAAGGACAGCAAGAAAGAGCUGCUCUCGUGCCCGACCCCUGGUUGUGAUGGCAGCGGUCACAUCACUGGAAAUUAUGCGUCCCAUCGCAGUCUGUCUGGGUGUCCUCUCGCUGAUAAGAGCCUUCGGUCCCUCAUGGCGGCCCACACCCCUGAACUCAAAUGCCCCACUCCAGGAUGUGACGGCUCAGGUCACAUCACAGGAAACUACGCCUCCCACAGAAGUCUCUCUGGGUGCCCGCGUGCCAAGAAAAGUGGAAUUAAAACUCCUACCAAGGACAACCAGGAGGACUCCGAGCUUUUAAAAUGCCCGGUGCCGGGCUGCGACAGCCUGGGUCACAUCAGUGGGAAGUACGCCACACACCGUAGUGCCUACGGGUGUCCGCUGGCGGCCCGCAGACAGAAGGAGGGUCUUCUUAAUGGCACACCCUUCAACUGGAAGGCCUUCAAGACAGAGGGGCCCACCUGUCCCACCCCAGGUUGUGACGGCUCCGGACACGCUAAUGGAAGCUUCCUCACACACCGCAGCCUCUCAGGAUGCCCCAGAGCCUUGUACGCCAAGAAGAAGGCCAAGUUCCCCACAGAGGACUACCUGAGCACCAAGUUCAGAGCCAGCGAUGUUUUGGACAACGAUGAGGACAUCAAGCAGCUCAACAAAGAGAUUAACGACCUCAACGAAUCCAACAAUGAAAUGGAGGCUGACAUGGUCAACCUUCAGACUCAGAUCUCCUCCAUGGAAAAGAACCUGAAGAGCAUUGAGCAUGAGAACAAGAUGAUUGAGGAGCAGAACGAGGCUCUGUUCAUGGAGCUGUCGGGUCUCAGUCGAGCCCUGAUUCGCAGCCUGGCUAAUAUCCGCCUGCCACACAUGCAGGAGCCAAUCACCGAGCAGAACUUCGACAGCUACGUAAGCACCCUGACCGACAUGUACACCAACAAGGACUGCUUCCAGAGCCCUGAGAACAAAGCUCUGCUGGAGAGCAUCAACAAAGCUGUGAAGGGCAUCAAAGUCUGAGGCUCCACACACACACACACACACACACACACGCACGCACACGCACAUGCACACACACGCACACACACACACAUCCCAAACUGUCCUGAAGCGCAGGAGCGUGACGGAGGUGGAGAUGGAGGGACGGGGAGAUGAAGGAGAGAUGUUGAAAUACUCUACAAUAUAUUGAAAUAUGAUUCAAAAACAAAAAGGGAAUUCAGGUUAUUUAAAUAAACGGCAACUUAAAAAAAAUCAACCCAGGGAGCACGCUGAUAGAAGAAAAGUGACGCGGACCAAAAUCCACACCAUGCUGCUGCUGGGAUCAGGAGGAGGAAACAGAUCGUUCAGCCAGAAUGGAUGGAAACGAAGAAUAAUGUCACUGCAAACUGUAUCUGGGGGGUUAAUAUGCUGUAUGUUUACCUGUUGUCUCUUCUGUGUCCUGAACUGUUUUUGGAGAGGGUUCGGCUGUUGCUCGGUUGAUCAGUUUUUCGCACUUCACAUCAACUGAGAAGUGGACGGACGUGAACGCGGGACAUCUUACGGGAGCGUGGCGACAUGAAGGGGGCUCAGAUGAGUUGAAUGUGCAGACUGUCAGUGCUGUCCUGUAGCGUGCACUGCGGCGAGCAUGUGCGUUCACCGGCUCCAGGAGCGCUUGGAUUCGUGACCACGCGCACACCGGCAAUAUGAAGCAUGCACUAAACUGAACUUGUGUUUGCUUUGUGGUAU